AUGAAGGAGGAUAACAGAGAGCUGAAGGAGGAUUACAGAGAGCUGAAGGAGGAUUACAGAGAGCUGAAGGAGGAUAACAGAGAGCUGAAGGAGGAUUACAGAGAGCUGAAGGAGGAUUACAGAGAGCUGAAGGAGGAUUACAGAGAGCUGAAGGAGGAUUACAGAGAGCUGAAGGAGGAUUACAGAGAGUUGAAGGAGGAUUACAGAGAGCUGAAGGAGGAUUACAGAGAGCUGAAGGAGGAUUACAGAGAGCUGAAGGAGGAUUACAGAGAGCUGAAGGAGGAUUACAGAGAGUUGAAGGAGGAUUACAGAGAGCUGAAGGAGGAUAACAGAGAGUUGAAGGAGGAUUACAGAGAGUUGAAGGAGGAUUACAGAGAGCUGAAGGAGGAUUACAGAGAGCUGAAGGAGGAUUACAGAGAGCUGAAGGAGGAUUACAGAGAGCUGAAGGAGGAUUACAGAGAGCUGAAGGAGGAUUACAGAGAGCUGAAGGAGGAUUACAGAGAGCUGAAGGAGGAUUACAGAGAGCUGAAGGAGGAUUACAGAGAGUUGAAGGAGGAUUACAGAGAGCUGAAGGAGGAUUACAGAGAGCUGAAGGAGGAUUACAGAGAGCUGAAGGAGGAUUACAGAGAGUUGAAGGAGGAUUACAGAGAGCUGAAGGAGGAUUACAGAGAGCUGAAGGAGGAUUACAGAGAGCUGAAGGAGGAUUACAGAGAGCUGAAGGAGGAUUACAGAGAGUUGAAGGAGGAUUACAGAGAGUUGAAGGAGGAUAACAGAGAGCUGAAGGAGGAUUACAGAGAGCUGAAGGAGGAUUACAGAGAGUUGAAGGAGGAUAACAGAGAGCUGAAGGAAUAUAACAGAGAGUUGAAGGAGGAUUACAGAGAGCUGAAGGAGGAUUACAGACAGCUGAAGGAGGAUUACAGAGAGCUGAAGGAAUAUAACAGAGAGUUGAAGGAGGAUUACAGAGAGCUGAAGGAGGAUUACAGAGAGUUGAAGGAGGAUUACAGAGAGCUGAAGGAGGAUUACAGAGAGCUGAAGGAGGAUUACAGAGAGCUGAAGGAAUAUAACAGAGAGUUGAAGGAGGAUUACAGAGAGCUGAAGGAGGAUUACAGAGAGCUGAAGGAGGAUUACAGAGAGUUGAAGGAGGAUUACAGAGAGUUGAAGGAGGAUUACAGAGAGUUGAAGGAGGAUAACAGAGAGCUGAAGGAAUAUAACAGAGAGUUGAAGGAGGAUAACAGAGAGCUGAAGGAGGAUUACAGAGAGCUGAAGGAGGAUUACAGAGAGCUGAAGGAGGAUUACAGAGAGCUGAAGGAGGAUAACAGAGAGCUGAAGGAGGAUUACAGAGAGCUGAAGGAGGAUUACAGAGAGUUGAAGGAGGAUUACAGAGAGUUGAAGGAGGAUUACAGAGAGCUGAAGGAGGAUAACAGAGAGCUGAAGGAGGAUUACAGAGAGCUGAAGGAGGAUUACAGAGAGCUGAAGGAGGAUAACAGAGAGCUGAAGGAGGAUAACAGACUUCUCAAACACAGCAGAAAGCUAACACAAUAUGAUGCCCGGUAUCCUUGUUAA